AUGCAGUUGACAACUCUUCUGUUGGCAUCCAUUGCCUCCCUGGCAGCUGCUCAGACAGCCACCAGCUCGGCAACCACCUCGACCUCGACCUCGACCUGUGCCGCCCAAAACAUUCUCGAUGCCUGCCUUGCCACCAUCCAGGGACAGGUGAACUCGUGCCAGAGCACCGACUACGGCUGCCUGUGCACGCAGUACGGCAACCUGCUGACCUGCUACAACAACUGCCCCAACGACUCGGGCGUUACGACCGUCCAACAGCAGCGUGACCAAUACUGUGUGGCCGCGUCCGCCUACCCGUCCACCAGCAGCACACCCGUGUCCGCGGCCCCCAGCACCACUGCACCCGCCACCACUGCCUCCGGCAGUGCCUCAUCAACCGACUUCUCGUUUGGCGACGGCACUUCCACGACCGCCAGCGCCAGCGCUAGUGCCACCGACGGCUCCUCGUCCGACAACGCCGCACCAACCCUGGAGCUGGGCCGUGGCAUCGUGGCCCUUGCUCUCGCUGGGUUGGGUCUUGUCCUGUAA